GGGCGCGGCCAGUGUGGGUAUGGCCCAUGGCUAGGGGUGGACGACGGGAUGGGCAAUGGACUCUGGGCUAUGUGCGAUGGGGCUUGGGGCCACACGGGCCACUUGGGAAGGAGGGAAGGAGAGGAGGGCCCAGGACUUUAGGCUUGUUUUGGGCAGGGCAGGUAGGUACCUCACCUCAGGUAUGGCAGGAGCGGCGGAGGAGGGGGCAAAAGGGCAAGAGCGGCAGAGAGCAAAGGGCAGGGGGAGAAGGGAUGGAAGAAGCAGACCAAGGGGGACAUGAUGACAGUCAUUCGCGCGCGCUCUCGUCAUCGUUGCUGGCUCCUCUCUCUCUAUGUCUCUCUCUGUUUCUUUUCUGUAUUUCUUGCCAAAGGCAACCAGGGCAUGCCAGCGCAGCAGGCGGCUUAGGAAUUACCGGUUACGUCGUCCUUACUCCUGGGGCUAGGCCUGGGCCUAGCCUCUCCGUGCCUGUAGGUGCGCCGGUGUGCGGGCUGUCGCAGUGGAGGGAUGCGUAUGCGUGGGUGUCCGUGUCCACAAUGUGUGCACAACCACGACAGCGACAGCUCGACUGCCGCCACCAUGAUGCCAGCAAGAGAGAUGAGAGACUAAGAGAGAGCGCGAAGAACCUAUGUCAUUGUCGCCCUCGCCGGAUGACAGCACCUAGGCCGGUCUUUCAUCCCUCAGGUUGGACAGAAAAGGGGGUCGGGACGAACAGUUCGUUGGUGCUGUACUGGGCUGACGAGACUGGACAUACCUGAGAUAAUCACACGCGCUGAGUGGCGGACGAUGGGUAACAGACACAACUCGUACAGACACUGUGCACACACAGAGCCGCUCUGUUUCUGUUCACUCGGUUUUCUCGCCCACAAUCUAUCUCGCUCUCUCUCUACAGCGCGCCCUGGAGAGCCAGGAGCGACAGGCUGAGUGGGAGGAGGUUUGAAUGACGCGACGACAACGAAGACGAGGAAAAAAGGUUGGUAAGACUCCAAUAAAUGGGCCAAGGCAAAAGAAAAGAUGGAAACGCGGGCGUUUUGGCGUGGGCGUGGGGAGGUUUCGCGCGCUGUGGACACGGGUAGUGGGCAACCUGGGACGAGGACGCAGGGUCUGGUCGCAGGACAGGACAAGGCACCAACAGGAUCGACCAGGAA